CUCAGACUAGGCCAGGCAUUGGUGCAGUCCGCCUCUGUUACCCCCUCCCCCCCGUGACGCAGCAGUGAGGUACUCAGGCCUCUCUCUCUACAAGCCGUCGAGUCUUACAGGGGGUUUUCUUGGACGCGGCCUCCGUUGUUUGUUUGUCGUUACCUCCCGUCCCGUUUGCCGGCCCGUUUCCUGCCUGCCGGCCCGUUUCCUGCCUGCCUUACAUUCGGUGAGAGCCCUCCGUAUUCGCUUUGAUCUCUGCACUCCCCCGCCCACCCCAUUGUCCCCGCACACAGCCGUCAUGCCGGGACUGGCUGGGUCUGUAGGCCUGGCUCGGUUGAGCCGGGUUGACCCACGGCGGGUGCUGCCGGUAGUGUGAGCUCCCCCCCCGUUCUCUGUAUGGGGAUGUGGGGGGGCUGUUUAUGGCGUGGGACCCUGGCACGCGGUCGGGCCUAUUGUUUCCUCGUUCACUAAAACCCCAGGGUAGCAGUGACUUGAAAUCCGGCAAAAUGGUUAGGCCAAAAAAAAAUAAAAAAUCUGAUAUUUGGAAAAACUCCAUUUACAUUUUAGAUUUUGUAUCUAAUCGAAUCUUGGCUACAUUAGCCUUGGUUUUAACAUUCGGAUUAGAAUUCCAUUAGAAUGUCAAGUGAAGCCGGUAACCCACCCGGCUGUCUCUAAUAUAACUACACCUGGCUCUUAGAAAUAAUACAUUUUAAUCUAGCCAUUUAGUGUCUGGCUUUGGUCAGUCCUGGUCACUGUGACUAUACAAGGAAGCCGCUGUCUGCCCUGAAAGUGAGAAGUUUAAGCACUCAUGGCCUCUGAUCCACAUAAUGGGCUUUUUGUAUAUUUUUAUUCUUCUCCCUUUUUUUUUCUUUUUUUUUUGUACCAGCAAAUGCUGUGCCCUCAGAGAUUGUCCUGUUAACCUGCACAUAUUGCAAACAUACUACUUAUGUGAGGUGUAUUUUGUCUUUCACAGCAACAUUAGUGCAGUUGUUUCCAUGUAAUCCAUAAUAUUAAAUCAUAGAACAGUGUACUGCACUCCCUCAUUGUUUGCAGACGUUGCUUGAUACAUCCCAGGCUUCAAAAAUUUCCUCACUCGUCCUCAAUGUUUUUGGAUGUCUGUAUUUGAUAAGUCUCUAUUGUUUGCUUCUAUGUAUAUUGGGUGUCCUAUAUAUCCAGACUCUGGCACUCAUCCCCCCAAAAAAAUUAUUAAAAAAGUAACAUUACCCAGGUGCUUCCAAGCCAGUAGAUAAAUAUAAUCAAUCAGGAGCACUGCCUUGGAUUUUCAAAAAACGGUAUUUAAUCCAGUGUUAAUAACUCACAUCAACGUUUUGACCCGACGGGGUCUUUAUCAAGAACAUAUUUUGACCCGUCGGGUCGAAACAUUGAUGUGAGUUAUUAACAUUGGAUUAAAUACAGUUUGUUUGUUUUUUGAAAAUCCAAGGGAGUGCUCCUGAUUGUGUGUGUGUGUUUUUUUUUUUUUCUUUACAUCUGUAUUACUAAUCCACAGGCUCGCCACAGUUAAUUUUUUUUUUUUUUCCUCUUACUCCACUGCAUGCAGUGCAUUGUUACACUUGGCCUGUGUCCAUGGCUUUUGUCCAAAAUGUUAUUAGUAACAAAUGGUGGAAGAAUAACUUUGAAAUGAAGCAGGCCUGUUUGACCCCUGAUGUAUAAAUUAACAUAUUUAACUUGAACACAUACUACCAAAAUGGCAUGGAGUUGGGUGUGUAGAGGAAAAAACCCCAAAACAUUUAAAAAAAAUAAAAAAUCUGCGUCAUCAGGUAAAUGUUUGCUUAUGCUAAAACAUACCUACUCUUUCUUUAACCACUUAAGGACAUGUCAUGAUUGCCUUUUAUUCCAGAAGUUUGGUCCUUAAGGGGUUAAAUGGAUAUGCUAAGCACCAAAACAACUUUAGCUCAAUUCUGUCUCUUGGAUGUUAUAUCACUUUUGUUUGUUUAUACAGUCCUAGCCACACUUUCCCUGGCUGUGACUCACGUGUCCUCAAUUUAAAAAGGGUUUCAUUGUCAAUCAGAUCUUACAGGACAGUGUGUUUAAUUUAGAAGUUCUUAUUUCCUGCUGAACUUAAAAAUCAUAUGAGUCUCUAGCAGGCAUUUAACAAACAUGGAAAUUUAGUUUCUGAAUUUAACGCACUGCAAUAAUGGAAGCUUAACAUCUUAAAGGAGCACUAUAGUACCAGGAAAACAAACUGGAUGGGUUAAAACCCCUUCAGUCACUUACCUUUCUCCAGCGUCGGGCUCCCUCUGUGCUGGGGAACUCUCCACCCCCUGCCUACUUCAGAUCCGCAUGCGCAGCAAGAGCCGCGCAUGCAUUCAAACCGCCCAUAGGAAAGCAUUGCUCAGUACUUUCCUAUGGACGUCCAGCGUCUUCUCAUGUGACUUUUUUUUUUUUUUUUUCACUGAGAGUUUACCUGUAACUUAUGGAUAAGAACAAUAUUGAAUUACUUUAUUUUCUGUGCUUCUUUUGCAGGGCAUCUUUUUUAUGAAUAAUCAAAAGCAACAAAAGCCAACGCUAUCUGGCCAGCGUUUUAAAACACGAAAAAGAGGUGAGUGUCUACCUGGCAACGAAAUUAUUUUGGUGUAAAUUCAGUUGGUUAUUUUAGCCUCUGUUUUACAGUGUGGUUUUUGUUUUGAUUAUAAUUUGGAGUGGGGGGUAGGGUUCUCUAAUCCUGGUGUGUGCGUACCUACAUUCCACUCUGGUUCCUGUCAACUCAUCGAGUAGUUUCAUUUUUUGAAAAAAAAAUUUUUGUAAUUUUUUUUCUUUCCACUCCUUCUCUGAAAAUAUUCCAUGCAUUACAUCGUUGGUUUGGUGGUCAUCAGGUUGUCUGAUUUAAAGGUAACGGGGAGUGGACACAACUCUCUUUUUAAAGGGUCAAUAUUUUUUUUUUAUUUUUUUUUAUACACAUUAGACUGUGUAUUUGAGUAAAAGUGCAAAGGAGUUUAAAAGUUACUGGGCAUUCACUCAAAGCUGCGUCUUUGUGUAACUAUUCCUCAUAUGGUAGACUUUAAAUAUAUAUCUAUAUCCCCUCUCUUUAAAGUUGUUUAUGUUGUCUCCCUACUGUAGGGUGGGCCAAAAUUCAGAGUUGGUUUUGAGGAGUUUGUGUGUGGUGUGUGUGUUUUUUUUUUUUUUAUUUUUUUUUUUUACCAAUUUUCAAAAUUACAUACACUGAAUGCCUAACAUAUGGAAGAUGACAUGUUCUUGCUACCUCCCAAACUCACUUUUUGAUUGUGUGGUUCAUAACCUUAGUUGAUGCUUGAGGCUCUAGCGCUCUGCCCGAUUACUUCCCACAAGGUCAUCCUGCACCUUGCGGGAAGUAGUUGGGCAGAGCGCUAGAGCCUAAUGAGUGCUGAUGAGUUAUCCGUGGACUUUCUUUAUCACAGAAACAGAUGUCUUUGCUUUUAUUGACGAAAAUCAACUUCAUCGGACAUGAGUUGAUUAAUAAACGGCUCUGGCUAAUUUGUUGUUCCUUCAUGACAUUAUACAUGAUCACUUUUUAUAAAGUGAGACUUGACACAGGAAAAGAUUGUUAAUCCGCACUCAUAGGAAGCGAGUUGUGAAUGGAAUAUAAAAAGUGCAAAACCUGAGCAUAGGACCACAUGCUGUACAGGGUGAAGACCAGUAAAGCAGCCGACCCUAAAGAAAGAUUAGAGGAGCCCUGCAUGCGUUUUGUACAACUCCGGGUGCUUUCUCAACAUCUCGAGCACCUUUCAUAAAGCAUCAUGGAAUUGUGCCUAAUUAUCUAAAUGUUGUUUUCUUCACAUACCCCGUAGUGUAAUUUUCUGAAGCUUCGUCUAAAGUACUAAAAUUGUGGUGGCACAGUGUGUUGGUGACUCUACCGCUUUUCCAUGUUUGAAACCCCUUUUAAAAAUACUUACACAUAAUUGCAUUGGUUUCAUUAGUUUUCCUGUCGUUUGUUUUUAACUUAUUUAUUUUUUGCUAGGUAGGUCUAUGUAUAGUUUAAGGGCAAUUUAUGUUGAAAAUCAUAUGGGACUGCAAGUAGUGUCCAUUUAUGGGAAACAUCUGGGUGGUGUUAGUGUGCCAUAUUUUCAAUUUGCAUUAUCCUGAUUUUUAGCCAUCUAAUUUCUCCCACCCACCCUCAAUGUUCAUGUUUCAAUAUACAGAAUGUUACUUUUUUUAUAGCAAAGAUUCAUGAAGAUAUAACACGUUGUCUCUCUGACAACCCAAUUUGCACUUGUUCCCCUUUAAUUUGACUGGUUGCUGUGAGCUGUUUAGAACUGUGGUGCGAGACUGUUAUGUUCUCUAUUAAAUCGGUAGCAACCCUCCAUGUGAUCUUUCAUUUGUUGCAUGCUGUCUGACCAAUGAUUUUUAUUUUUUUCCCACUUUUAGAUGAAAAGGAGAGGUUUGACCCUACCCAAUUUCAAGAUUGCAUUAUACAAGGCUUAAAUGAAACUGGCAACGAUUUGGAAGCAGUAGCAAAAUUUCUUGAUGCUUCUGGCGCUAAGCUUGACUAUCGUCGCUAUGCAGAAACACUCUUUGACAUUCUUGUGGCUGGUGGGAUGCUGGGUAAGUAAAGCUCUUUAACUGUAGUUGGUCAAAUUAACUUAAAACACAAACUAUUAUUUCUACAACGGACAAUCUGAGUUUAAAUUGUAUCUGCGUGUUUUUUUUUUUUUGUUUUUUUUUAUUAGCACCAGGUGGAACUCUGGCAGACGACGUGAUCCGUACUGAUGUCUGUGUGUUUUCAGCACAGGAAGAUCUAGAGACCAUGCAGGCAUUUGCUCAGGUUUGUGAUUUAAUAGUUUUUCUGUGGUAGCACACAAUACUAUUUACAUGAACAUCUCUAUAAUUAGACUUGAAUCCUGUUUAGUAGCAAGACUACAUGGUCUAGAGAUGUCUUAAAUUUUAUUAUUCCCAAUAAUUUGACUGCUUAAACUUGAAAAAGCUUUAAAAGAUUUUUAUAGUUUUUUUUGUUUGUUUUUUUUUUUUUUUGUUUUGUUUCUCAAUCAGGUUUUUAACAAGCUUAUUAGACGUUACAAAUACCUGGAGAAAGGCUUUGAAGAAGAGGUCAAAAAGGUAAUGUAUAAUUUAUGCUUAUGCCUUCAGUAAGUAGUCAGAGAUCAAGCCACUCUACUCACUAAUCCAGAUAUUGUGGAAUACAUCUCCAUUAAAGGGACUCUCCAGGCAACCGUUUUUACUCACCUGGUUCCAGCGCCGCGAGCAUCAUGAAGCCGCGCCCCCUAUUUCAUCAAAAUGAUGAAAUAAGCGGGCGUGAGCAGGGAGCAAUCAGACUCUUCUAUUUGGAAGCGUCACUGCUCCCGCAUGCGCGGCUUCACCGCACAUACUUCAUAGGACGGCAUUCAUGCUGCCCUCUGAAGUCCUGUGUGCGCGGACGCGAGCUGACUCUCAGCUCGUGGUCUUUGCCAGUCCCCCUCUCCUCUGCUGACAGGCAGGAGAGAGAAGGCGCGCACACAGUGCCUUCUCUCUCCUGCGCACGUCAGACGUAUUUAUACAUGAUAGGUAGUCUGAGUGAUGGCCACUGGAGGUAUUCCGAUCAAUGUAAACACUAUUUUUCUCUGAAAAUAGUGUUUACAUUAGACUGCCUGCAGGGAGCUAUAGAUCUCUCCUGAACAACUACAUUAAGCUGUAGUUGUUAAGGUGACUAUAGUGUCCCUUUAAUGCUAUACCAGCAUUAAGGCUGUAAAAGUAUUAUGGGAGAUAUAGUCCAACAUCUGGAGUGCCGAAGGUAGCCAACCGUGCACUAGUCAAUGAAAAGCAAUCCAAGAAUUAUUUUUACGAUGUUCUGAUUAGUACGGUGUAUUCGUUUUAUUGGGACAUUUGAUUACAUAUUGGGACAUUUUAUUUACAAAUUUUCAGUCUUAGAGUUGAUCUUCACGAUUUUCUGUACCCAGGCAUCCUUAAGCACUUCAGAUGUUGUGAAUGACAUCUUUCCUAAUGCUCUGCUUGCGUUAUGGGGGAUGUUUAACAUCUAGCGUUCCAAAGGUUGCCUACUCCUGCUCUACAACUUAUGCAGUGUCCAUACAUUGUAUAGCACUGCCAUAAUGAGUUCAUACUUUGAGUUAAUCUUGCCGCAAAUGUUAAGGAGGAAGAUAAAGCUGUGAAAUGUUUAACUGUAGUGUAGGGUGUAAGGCCUCUAAACUAUACGGACCAGUUUAAAUUUGUGAGAAGAUUAAUCUGUAUUCUGCUUGAAGUCUAGAAAUUUAUCAUGACUUGAUUUCUCUUUUUCCAGCUUUUGCUAUUUCUAAAAGGUUUUUCAGAGUCUGAGAGAAAUAAGUUGGCCAUGCUCACUGGCAUUCUUCUGGCUAAUGGGAAUUUGUCUGCAUCAAUUCUCAACAGUCUUUACAAUGAGAACUUGGUCAAAGAGGGUGAGUUAACGUGCCCACUCCCGAAUCCCUUUUGCCUUGGAUUACUCCAUUUUAUCGGUAUACUAGACUAAAUAUUUUACUUUUCCCUUUUAGGUGUAUCUGCAGCAUUUGCAGUAAAACUAUUUAAAUCAUGGAUUAAUGAAAAAGACAUCAAUGCAGUUGCUGGUAGUCUUCGAAAAGUCAACAUGGACAAUAGACUAAUGGUUUGUAUAGCUUCUGACAUAACGCUGUAUCUGACUCCCAAAUGCUUGAAACCAUAAAUGUCUGGAUGUGCAUCAUGGGUAGUGUAGUAAAAACGAUCACUAAGGGUAGUUAAACCUGCAAUGUAUGGUGGUAUCAGAAUAUAGCAUUAGUCUUGGGCUUUGUUCUUCUCUACCUCAUAUCUUAAAUGUCUGAUCUAAAACUACUUGAACAUAGCCCAAUAACUUUAUGAAUUAUUGAAUAUUUUAUCACUGUAUCAUUUUCAACUUUCUAGGAACUUUUUCCUGCCAACAAACAGAGUGUUGAACACUUUACUAAAUAUUUCACCGAUGCGGGCUUAAAAGAACUUUCAGAGUAUGUAAGGAACCAGCAAACCAUUGGGGCUCGAAAAGAGCUUCACAAAGAGCUGCAAGAAAUGAUGGCUCGAGGAGAAGCCCUUAAAGAGGUACUUGGGUUUUGUAUUUAGAUUUGAUUCUUAAACUUAAAACCUCCAGAAAUAUGCACUAACUAAUGUCAACAUUAUUUUUUAUUUUAUUUUUUUAGAUUAGUCUGUAUGUAAAGGAGGAGAUGAAGAAAAAUAACAUCUCUGAGCAGACUGUGAUAGGCAUCUUAUGGUCCAGUGUGAUGAGCUGUGUUGAAUGGAACAAAAAGGAGGAGCUUGUUACAGAGCAAGCCAUUAAACACUUGAAGGUAAAUUGACAAUUACCUGUAUGGUGUUUUAUUACAAUUGUCUGGGCACAAUCUAAUCGUUCUGUCUAAAAUCUUGUCUCCAGUCCUCUGGCCCUACAUAAGACAUGCCACCUCCACGCAGAACUACAGAAUUAUGUUCUGUAUAGAAAAGGUGCAUUAAGUAGUGUGUGGUGGUUUGUUUUUUGUUUUGAAUAUUUGUAUUUUAAGCACAUUAGGAAUUUAGGCAUCCUAACUGAUUUAUAAUAAGGCAAAUGAUUGCCCACGUAGGGGCUGCAACAUUGAUCUAACAGUAUUCCUUUGGUUGCCUGCGCCGAGGCGGAUUUGUUUUAAAUGUUUCAUUUGUAUUUGGUGUUGCAAGUACAAGCAGGUAGUCUUUCUUGUUUCAUGGAAAGCUUAUGGUUGCUUGCGCAGAGGCGUUUCAGAUAAAACGUGCAGGUACAUUAGGCACUAGGAUUUGUAACAGAUACUUGCUCUACUAAUCCACAUGACUUCGUUCAGGUUGUGGAUUUAGACUAUUUUUCCAUUUGUCUUGUUUGUCAUCUAGCUGUGUGUUGCUAAGGGUAGACAGGUAAACGGAGUCAUUACCAGAGCGGCAUGGUGGUGAUGGCGUGAAGGUCUAAGGCUAGUCUUGGGGCGUGAUUUCCCAUUUCCCUUGGGGGCUUUGGUGGGUAUUCAGCUUGUGUGUCUGUGGAUGGCGCGAUGUUUGUGUUUUGUCUCUGUGCGUGGGGCAUGAACCGUGCCCCAGGUGGUGAUUGUUGUCAUUUUUUUAGGUUGCCCGGACGGUCGUUACGAUGCCCGAGGCCCUUUGUGGCUGCGUUGUUUAUGUUCUGUGUUGGUGGUCUAGGGAGGCAGUUGUCCAACCUAUGUCUCUGAUGGCUGCGGAACCCGUUUGUGUUUUUUUUUUUUUUUUGUUUUUUUUUGUCAUUCUUAUGUGGUUUAAUAACCCCAUCUCAAAAUAUGCUAUCAGGCUACAUUGUGUAACAUCAUACAUUUUUAGUCUUAAGAGAAUGCAAGAACAUUGAGUUAUAACCUCCAAGUGCUGCACUAAAUACUGCUUUAAAAAAACAAAACUUUUUUUUUCUUACCUUGAACAUAUCUUUACUAUUUUGUUUUUAUUUAUUCCCAUUCUCUCCCCUCCCCCCUCUAGCAAUACAGCCCUCUCCUUGCUGCCUUUACUACACAAGGUCAGUCAGAACUGACUUUGCUUUUGAAAAUUCAGGAGUACUGUUAUGACAACAUUCACUUCAUGAAAUCCUUCCAGAAAAUUGUGGUGCUUUUUUAUAAAGGUAAGUCACAUGCCGCUGCUAGUUUUGGCAUCUUACUUGCUUUAAUGGACCGAUUCCACGAUGGUAAAAUAACAAAUGAUUGUUCCCAUGUAACCGUAAAUGUCCAAAUUAGCAUUUUUUUUUUUUUGUGUGACUAGUAAAUGCCAAUUCUUCUCUUGCAGCUGAAGUUCUGAGUGAAGAACCCAUUCUGAAGUGGUACAAAGAGGCACACAUUGCAAAGGGAAAAAGUGUCUUUCUGGAGCAAAUGAAAAAAUUUGUUGAAUGGCUUAAAAAUGCAGAAGAAGGUUAGUUUUCUGUAGCAUUGGUGAUCACUGUGUAAGGACUUGUAUAUUUUUUUUUAGACCGAAUUCUGUUCAAACAUGGGCAGAAAUCUCUACCUAAAUGCAGAUGUUGUAACUUGGCGUUCUUAGUGGGGGGCCAAACUGGGCAAUCCAGUUAAGGACCAUCUUGGCACUAGAACUUCAUCACUGAGGAGGAGGUCCCAUGCAUAGUCUUACCUUAAGGAGUUAACCUGUUAAUGUUGAGUCAGCUGACACUUAGUCUAUCAUUGGGUCUCUAUUGAGAAAUGUAUGUGGGGGGUGGGGGAAGGUAGACUUCUUUGUGGGAAGCGAGGAAGUAAAGGUGCUGUUUGGUUGCCAUAGUUCACUUUGGGGUUAAACUGUGAAUUUUAUUUUAUUUUUUUGUCCUGUUAUCCUUCUGUCAUUAACUAUUCCUUAUCUAUCUUUUUUUUUUUUUUUAUUUUUUUUUUAGAGUCUGAAUCCGAGACGGAAGAGGGUGAUUAAUUUGUCAUUGGUGUCAGUAAACACAGGAGCUGUAGAUAAACGGUCAUAACCCAUUUUGUGUCCUUCUGGUUAUUACAUCCUACCUCCUGUAUCAAGCAUGAUAUAAGGGCUUUCAUCAAUAUUUUUUUUUUUUUUAUUUCUAAUUUUCUGUACAUCAAUUUUUGUUUUAAAACCAUGUUUUAAGGAACAAGCUGUCUAGAUUAAUUUUUAUUUCAUCAUUGUUAUCCUCAACCGGCUGUAUUUUCUACUGUAAUAAUGUAAUUUAAAGCCUUUCAAAAAUUCAACAAUUUGUUUUAUCCCCUGGUUUUUCUAUUAAAAAUAAAGCUUAAAAUCACUAUGAUUUGUUAUGGACCCACCAAUUUACAAAUUAAACAUUGUAUUCGAAAGAA